CAUUCUUGGUUUGGGUCACAUGUUGAUCAAUACUGCUGGCCUGGGACUCUGCCGCCUGCUAUAAAUGGUGGGGCUCAGCCGCGGGUUUUCAGCAGCAGAAGCCAAUUUUGGUGCAACCGGGAGCAGCCCCCUGUCACCAUGGCCUUGGACCACCAGACCUCGAAGCAGUUGCAAGCCUCUUCCAAGAUCGCCCUCUUCGAGCAGGAGAACUUCCAAGGGCGCUGCCAGGAGCUGAACAGCCCCUGCCCCAACUUGAAGGAGGCCGGGAUAGAGAAAGUCAGCUCCAUCAUGGUGCAUUCUGGCCCGUGGGUGGGAUAUGAGCAGGCCCACUUCAAAGGGGAGCAGUUCAUCUUUGAGAAGGGGGAGUACCCCCGCUGGGACUCCUGGACCAGCAGCCGCAGGAGCGACACCAUCUCCGCCUUGAGGCCCAUCAAAGUGGACAGCCAGGAGCACAAGAUCGUCCUGUACGAGAAUCCCAGCUUCAGCGGCAAGAAGAUCGAAAUUGUGGACGACGACGUGCCCAGCUUCCACGCCUAUGGCUACCAGGAGAAGGUCUCCUCUGUGCGCGUGCAGAGCGGCACGUGGGUGGGCUACCAGUACCCUGGCUACCGUGGGUACCAGUGCCUGUUUGAGAAGGGCGACUACAAGGACAACCUCGAGUUCGGAGCCCAGCAGCCUCACAUCCAAUCGGUCCGGCGCAUCCGGGACAUGCAGUGGCACCAGCAAGGCGCCUUCUACCGCAGCAGCUAAGCCCCGGGAAGGCACCGGAGUGCCCCCCCCCCGCCUCCCAGUCUUCCGCCGCCGCCUGGCCAGCCCCCCUCUCCGCUCAUUGCCUCUGCCUCUGCUUUCAACCCUGAAUAAAGCUUUUGUCAU